AUGUACCUAGCAGACGCUUCUGAUGCUACUCGCUGCAAGGCCUUUCCAACGACUUUGACAAAGGCAGCGAUGAAGUGGUUCGAUAGCCUCCCCCUUAGGGCGGUUACCAGUUUCGACGACUUCUCGCAUAAGUUUCGCAUGCGAUUUUCAAUUCAAAAUGAUAAAGUCAAGCACGCGCCUAGCCUCUUGGGGGUAAAGCAAGAGGUCGGGAAAACUCUGAGAGACUACAUGGAAAUGUUCAACAAGGCGUGCCUAGAAAUUCAAGACCUGCCUACAAAGGCAGUGAUUAUGGGCCUAGUAAAUGGACUUCGAGAAAGCCCUUUCUCCUAG